AUGCCUUCUUCCCGUACUCAGUCCGGCCUCAAGGCCGCUAGUGAAAAGUCCUCCAAGUUUCUGUCGACUCUAAAGGAGGCGGUUCGUUCAACAUUCUCCAGUAACUCCGAGAGCAGUAACGAGGAGAAAGGUAGGGAGAAGCACAGGUACAAGCUGCAAGAACGUCCUGACCUCCGGUCCAGUCAGGAAGAGGCAGAUUGGGCCUACGUCCACCAAGAAGUCUUGGCCGACUGUGUACCUGACAAGAGCCCGGACAAGUAUCGUGCUGACCAAGGUAUGACUCUGGAGAGAUACAGAGCCAUUGCAGAUCAGGACCAGCUUUUUUGUGGCCCUUAUCGUCCUCCCAUGGAUAGCCCCGAGGCCGUUGCUUAUGGGGUCCAGCUUCGUGAUGAACCUCGUCGUCAUCCUAUGGGUGAGCGCAAAGUCGCCGCUCGUGUGCGUCAGUUUCGUGCUGAGGCUGCCUAUCAUGAGCAUCGGUAUCAUGUCGAAUCUCGUCGCCAUGCUAUGAAAGAGCGCGAGGCCGCUGCUCGCAGACGCCAACCUCGUGAUGAGAUUGCUGUUAAUGAGGAACAGUUUGAUGCUGAAUCACGUCGUUAUACGAUGGAUGAGCGUCAGGGCUCUGCUUCUAGUUCUUCUAGCGUGUACGAGAGCGAGACUGAGGCUCGCGAGGCCCAGCUUCGUGCCGAGGCCCAGCUCCGCGUCGAGGCCCAACUUCGUGCUGACUCCGCUCGUAGGAGGCGUAUGCAUGCCGAGGCCGUUGCUCGUGUCGAUGAUGCUACUCGCAGGGGCAGGAUGCGUGCUGAGGCCGCUGCUCGCGAGGAUGAGCUUCGUCCCGAAACUCGUCGCUUCAUAAACUAA